CGUACGUCUUCACGCUGGUUUCUAUGGCUGCGUCGGACGCCCAGAUAAUCCAGUGUUAAAGAAUCUACUGCUACGUAUCCUUUUUUGGCAUGUUAAGCAUUGGUUAACAAUUGUUGACCAAUUUAACCAAUAGAAUAGUCAAGUCCAAUGUUGAAGAGCAUAAUCUGAACUUUGCUUUAUUUACUGCUAUACAGUGAAGUCGUUCAAUAGAUCGGUGUGCCAGUGCAGAGCAAUAGCGGCUAGCUAGCGGCUAGGAAAACCUUGGAGAAACACAACUUGUGAACUUCAUUGUGUGCUCUGUGUGUAACAGUAAUCGUUUGAAACGUGUUAUCUAACAGUAGUUAGGUUAACACCCAUAACAAGUCAAGGAAGUCACUGGAGGACGCAUAAACCUGUCCAAUGUUUCACAAAGAAAAGAGUAUCCAAAUAAAAAACAGCGCAUCUGCGCUGUACAACAACCUCAGUGUGCUGCGCAUCUCUCCACGGAAACUCACAUAUUUCACAGUGGUCCAUGCAAAUGUGGUGAAUAUGGUGAGUGCAUCCUGGGACGGACUGAAUUACUCCCACCGCCAGCUACAGUCCAAGGAGCCUAAUGUGGCAACAAGCACAUCACUCAUUAUGCAGGCCUCGUUCUGUGUUUUGCCUUCACGUGAUUUGCUUGUGGUGACCUCUCAAAAAGGCAUUCAGAUGUAUGAAUCUGAUGGUUCUAUAAUGGUGUACUGGCAUGCCCUUGACACACCUGAAACACCCACAGCCCAGGCAGUAUUUGCUCGAGGAAUUUCAGCAGUAUGGGAUAAUUACAUCUGUGUGGGUGUUUCAUCAGGGUCUAUAUUAGUAUUUGACAUUCCUAGUAAAGGCAGUAACAUCACAUUAUCGGAGGUCCUGGAAGAGCAUAAAGAGCCUAUGACUGACAUGGCUUCAGAGUGCUCUGGUAGCCAGGAGUGCAUAGCUGAUAUGGUCAGUGCUGAUGACGGAGGCAACCUGUGUGUGUGGAAAGCUGGCGAGGAGUUUCAUUUACUGAAUAAGAUACCUGGUUUUGAUGUUCCUCCCUCUAGUAUGACCUGCUCAUCUGUGAAGCUGUGGAAGGGCACUGUAGCGGCAGGUUAUGGCACAGGCCAAAUCCGGUUGUAUGAGGCUGUGACUGGAAUUCUACAUGUGGAAAUUAAUGCUCAUGCUCGUUGGAUUAACUCUCUGGAUAUUGCUCCAUUUUCUGGUUUACUUUUGUCUGCUGCUGAAGAUUCCCUAGUGCGAGUGUGGCACAUAUCUUUAACUCCUGAAACCAACAGUGUUGAGGUGGCUCAUUUACAUAAUGAAUGCGUGACAGACACACAAAUUUGUGGCGCUCGCUUCUGUGACGACGAUGGUUAUGCAUUUGCAGUGACUGGCUAUGACUUGAGUGAGAUCAUACGAUACACACAGACAUAAGAUAAGCUUGUGAUCACUGAGGUCCAUUGUACUGAUGCAACAUGUUUGUCAUGUGUGGUACAGUUCUAAUAGAAAAAGCAAAAGACUACUGUAUAGUAGUCUCUGUAUAGUUGUUGUAUACUUUUGUAAAAUAGUUAAUUUAACAAUGUUUACCUGUAUAUAUAGUUAUAUUCUUAAAUAAAUUCAAAUUCAUUACACAUAGGUUUGACCUUUGUGCGAUGUUUAAAAUGAUUAUGGGUUACAGCAAGAAUGUUAAGAAUGACAGGGUAUUUUUAUAGUAUAAUACAGUUUUCAUUUUUUAAAUUUUAUAUCCAGAAUCAUCAUCAAUUUAUAAACCUUCACUGGCAAAUCAGUUCAAUACUGCACUGAAAAGCCCCUUUACUCUAGAUGCCACUAGAUGGCGAUGAAUGUAAACCUUUAUACUCUACCAUGUAAGUUUACAUUGGGUCAUGUUAUGUCUGACGUGUUUGAACUGUACAUAUGAAUGUUUUAUUUAUUUCAUGAUCAUGCCUUGACAAAACAGAGCAUUCUAUUACUGUGACUGCUGUGUUCAUGUUUAGAGACAGACAGUACUUGCAUAAUCAUCAAGAGAUACAAUAUAAGUGUAUGAACUCUAGGAACAACAAUAAAACUGCAAACUCAGCAGUUGUAGACAGGUGCUGCCCACUCAUCAUUGUAGUCCAAAUCAGUUAUGUAGUUUACCCUAACAGACAUAAGUGUAAUCAUCUCACCCACCUUUCUGACACGCUAGAGAAGCAGGUCACUGAGGCAUCUUGUUUAUCAGCAAAGGGCUAAGCAUUAAAUCCCUUGGUCUUGAGCUUUGCUGGUUUGCAGUCAACACUGAUCACAUAACAUCAUCUGACAAGGCUGUUUUGAACCCACACACGACAGGUUGCAUAAUCUGAAUUUGGUAGAUACAGUUGUGUUGCCCUUAUAGACAGGGGGGACAUAGUGACAGUAUUUUACAGUAUUUGAUUUCUCAGUUUUAUGUUUUGUUUUGUUUUUGUUAGGUUUUUUAUGAUUCCAGGCAAUGCAGAGGAACUUGAAAUCCUAAUGUUAAAAGCUGUAAUGAGAUUUCUCUAUUUAUUUAGGACAUUCCUCAAACACAAGUUUCAUGUACUAAAUCAAGUACUUUAUCACAAAGAUCUACUCCAGUACCCUAUACCUAUGCUCAUUUCCUACCUCUUAUAACCUAUUUCCAGUACAGACUGAGUGAUUAGGUCACAAUUGCAAUUUAUACAAGUAUGCUGUAGAAAAAUAUAAGUGUAUGUAAGUGUAUCAUACUGUCUUGGUUUGUAAACGAGGUUUUUUUUUGUCAGGGAACAAUUUAUUUUAGCCUGCCUGCUCUAGUGACAGUGGCUUGUCAGACUUGAACCCUGCUGGGACUGAGCCUCGCCAAGUGGGAUAAGGAUUGUAAUCUGUAUAUGGUUUGUUACCACGCAGCAGCCAUUUGUGUGUUGGAGGGGGACCAGCUUUUAUAAGACACCUUGCAUAAAGACAUCUUCUGCCCAAAAUAAACAAGCUACUACAGUGAGACAGACCUAGAUGCACAUCCAGAAACGUUCUCUAUAGCCAAACUAAUAACCAUCUCUUUUACUGUAAUCUUGUUGAUCAGGAUUUUUGAAUAUUCUUGCUGAACAAGAAACACCCUUGUCAGAAAAAAGUAACUUGGAAAUAUUAUUCUUUGAAUUGGGCGUGCAAGGUAUUUGCUCUUUCAAUUGGGUGUGAUAUUCAUUCUAGUGAGUGAAGUUAUUUCAUCUAUCCGCAUUUCUUUGGGUACACAUCGAAACCAAGGCAUGUUCUUCUUGUCCAACGGGAUCUGCAGUACUGCCACUUUCACAUAUAGAUAUAUAUGGGUCAAUGACAUGAUGCCUACAUUUUCUGGCCAUUUGCAUUUCUUCAGUUAAAAAGGUUCAAAUUUCAUAAUAAUUCACAACAUAUCUGUAAGUACCUCUGACCUCCAUGGAAUUAAAUCUUUUAUUUAUUAAUUUUUUUCAGAAAUCUGUAUGUAUGUUUUCUGUACUUAAAGUGUUAAAAUGUCAUGUGGUGUGAUCGUCCACACUUAACUGCUGUUUUUUUUAAACUUCUUUAAAAUGACUUUAAUUAAAAUUACUAAAAUUUAAUAAAAUUAAUUUCCUUAA